GUGAGAUGCGUGUGGUGGAGGAUUAUCCUCUGUCCUCAUGCGCGUUCCAGCCCACCUCACUCGUGGAACAGGUGCGCGCAGAAAAAAAACGUGUAUGUUUCCGACAGCUCGCUCACAUUUAACCCCGUCUAGAUCCGUCGGMUCGAGCGGUUUUUGCGCCUCCACCAAUAAGCGCAUCAAGGAGUCCGAACAGGUACCGACCGUCAUCAUGAGAGGCUUGGCUGGACGGACAGUGUGUCACUGGACUGUGGACUACCCUGUUCUGAGAUGGACUGUAACUUAGGGCUCAUUUCCACUUUAAAAAGAUGUUUUUUCUACUUUAAAUCAGCCACUAUUUAACGUUCAACACGUUGCCUGCAUGGGAGCGCGGCUGGAGCAGGUCACCAGUUCACCGCAGCCAUAAUUUAGGAUGAUGCCUCCUGAUCAAGCAUGCCUGGCCUCACCCCUGUGUUCUCACCCUAUCGUCAGACUUGUGUCGCCGCACCGGCAGCCUGAAACCUCCUAGGCACUCGCUUUUAUCUUCCCUCGUCUGUCUGCCUGGCUGACAUCCCUGAGAGGUGAUGCGACGGUUUGUUUACUGCAAGGUGGUGCUGACCACUUCCUUAGUGUGGGUCCUGGUGGAUGUGUUCUUGCUGCUGUACUUCAGCGAGUGUAACAAAUGUGACAACAGGAAGGAUCGCUCUCUGCUCCCUGCCCUGCGAGCUGUGAUAUCUCGGAGCCACGAGGGUCCAGGAGAAAUGGGCAAGGCGGUAAACAUCCCCAAAAAUGACCAGGAAAAAAUGAAGGAGCUCUUUAAGAUCAACCAGUUCAAUCUGCUGGCCAGUGACAUGAUCGCACUCAACAGGAGUUUACCGGAUGUGAGGCUGGACGGCUGUAAGACCAAGUUGUACCCAGAUGACCUGCCCAGCACCAGCAUUGUGAUUGUGUUUCAUAACGAGGCAUGGAGCACCCUGCUGCGGACCGUUCACAGUGUCAUAAACCGCUCUCCGAGACACCUGCUGGUGGAGAUUGUGCUGGUGGACGAUGCCAGUGAGCGAGACUUUUUGAAGAAGCAGCUCGAGAGCUACGUGAGAACUUUCGAGGUGCCAGUGAAGAUUCUGAGGAUGGAGCAACGUUCGGGUCUGAUCAGAGCCAGGCUGAGGGGGGCCGCCGCCACCACAGGUCAAGUCAUCACCUUUCUCGACGCUCACUGCGAGUGUACCGUGGGCUGGUUGGAGCCCCUGCUGGCUCGGAUCAAAGAAGACCGAUCAGCRGUGGUGUGUCCAAUCAUCGACGUCAUCAGUGAUGAGACGUUUGAGUACAUGGCAGGCUCAGAUAUGACUUACGGUGGAUUCAACUGGAAGCUGAACUUUCGAUGGUACCCAGUUCCCCAGCGGGAGAUGGAUCGCCGUAAAGGAGACAGAACGCUCCCGGUCAGGACUCCCACCAUGGCAGGAGGCUUAUUCUCUAUAGACAAAACUUAUUUUGAAGAAAUCGGAAGUUAUGAUCCAGGGAUGGAUAUAUGGGGUGGAGAAAAUCUGGAAAUGUCUUUCAGGAUCUGGCAGUGCGGUGGGUCUUUAGAAAUCGUAACGUGCUCACACGUGGGGCAUGUUUUCCGUAAGGCCACUCCGUACAGCUUCCCUGGAGGAACGGGCCAAGUCAUCAACAAGAACAACAGGCGCCUGGCUGAAGUCUGGAUGGAUGAUUUCAAAGACUUCUUCUACAUCAUCUCACCAGGUGUGAUGCGAGUAGACUACGGAGACGUCUCCUCCCGUAAAGUCCUCCGAGGGGCUUUAAAGUGCAAACCUUUUUCUUGGUAUCUAGAGAACAUCUACCCAGACUCCCAGAUCCCACGAAGAUACUACUCACUUGGUGAAAUCAGAAAUGUGGAGACCAAUCAGUGCGUGGACAACAUGGGAAGAAAAGAAAAUGAGAAAGUUGGCUUUUUCAACUGUCAUGGCAUGGGUGGAAACCAGGUGUUCUCCUACACGGCAGAUAAAGAAAUCAGGACAGAUGACCUCUGUCUGGACGCCUCCCGUCUCAACGGUCCUAUUCUGAUGCUGAAGUGUCACCACAUGAAGGGCAACCAGAUGUUUGAGUAUGACGCUGAGCGACUCACACUGCUUCACGUGAACAGCAACCAGUGCUUGGACAUGCCUUCUGAGGAGGACAAGAUGGUCCCCACCUUGAGAGACUGCAACGGCGGCCGGUCCCAGCAGUGGCUGCUCCGUAACAUGACCCUGAGCGUCUGAUCCUGGCCCUCGCAGCCCGCCCUGGCGGUCCACGUCCUCACCAGGUGGCUCUUACCGCAGAACAUAUGCUUCCUCUUGUAACAGCCUGGCCAGCAAGCACAGCGAUCCAUACCUUCCACGUCGGCGGCGUCUCCUCUUAACGGCUGGCCGCGGGUGUAAGAGAAGCUGCAGCUGCUGUUUGGAACGCACGAUGAGAUGCAGCUGUGGGUCUUUGUCAGGUCCAAGCUGGGAGGAUGGUGCAUGGAGUUUUGUGCAUGGAUAUAUCUGACAGCAUAUCUGCUCAUAAAAACUGUUCAGCUGGAGGAGAAACGAGCUCUCACAGGAGUUAUUUUUUAUUUUAUUUUUUUAAUAUUCUGAGGCACGUCUCUAAAGUGGUCUGCGGUGUUAUUGAGAGUGUUUGUUUCUGCUGUAGGUAUAAUCUUACAUCAGCACAGCUGGCUUGCUGCGCAUUCAUUUUCCACCUGCUUCUGUUAGGAUCAGAUAAAAGACGAGGUGUUUUGGUUGACUUGAAAUUCAGUGCAUCACUUUAUUUUUUUAAACUCACUUUCAGUUUUAUAAACUCGAGCCGGUACUUCUGUUUUAUAUAAUUUUUCAAAGAAAGCUGAAUAUAUUCAGGGAACUAUGUCUACGCUUUAGGCUGCUUGGUUUCCUGUGGCAACAGUUGCUGACAUCCGAGGGUCGGCGUCAUCACUGUAGGUGGCACACUGUCAACUCUUGCUCUGUGGAGAAGGUUGUAGCCCAGGAUGACCUCACACUGAAACAAGACUCUGUGGUUUAAGAUUUUUGAAGCUUUUUCCUUUAAGCUAUAGGACUUGUGCUCCUUUUGAAAGACAGAGUAAAGGAGGAGUUAGCUUUGAAGAUGUUAACUAAUAAAUUUACAGCCUGUUUGGACUUAAAAAAAGAAAAAAAACUUCCCUAAAGAGCUAUUCAAAGUAAAUAUAGUUUAAUUUUCUGAUCAAAGGUCUAGCCAUCCAUGCAUAUUGAAAAAGCUUUGGUGCAAAACUUUAUUCUGGACUUUUGCAACAGUAUAAUGUGCAUUUUUCCCUAUUUGGGAGAUAAAAAACCGAAGCUGCUGUGCUAUCCUUUCACAUGAAAUUACUAUUCUUCCCCAUAACUCUUAGCAACCUUUUGCUUAAUUCAGCUGUCUUUCAGGUAGCACAUUACACAUGAAUAUGUAUGAGUUUUACCCCAAAUUAGCCACCAAAUUAGCUUAUUUGUAGAUGUAAACAGCUCAAUCCAAAGUCAUGAAAACAUUAUGCUAAUUUUUUUUACAAGACUCUACGCUAAUGAAAACAUUUACUGCUAUUACAUUUCAUUCUUGUUAACAUACUUUGUUAAAUGCCACUGAAGGAACUUGUGGUCGCAGACACAGAAAGCAAAGUGAAGACGACCUCUGUUCUUGAAAAAUACCUCAAAUGGGUUUAAACUUCCAAUAAGAAAUGUUCUUUUCUUAAUUAUCAAGGCUGUCUUUUUAGUUUUUGGUUCACAAUUUUAUUUUUUGUUUUUAUCGUUGUAUAUUUAACUGGGAUGACCAUGUAGAGGUCUUCUUAAAAACAAGAUUUUAUGUAAAAAUAAAUGAAAAAAAAAAAAAAACCAAAACACAACAAUUGUAUCAAAAAUAGAUAGAAAAAUGAUUUUAAAAAAAUUAUGUGUUUUCCAAAGUUUAAAAACAGUUUUGAGAAAUCAUCUCAUCCUAGAGUGGAAUAGUUACAUGUGCCUUUUGGGAAAAAAAGUUACUUUUAGCUUUUUUAUGUUGUUUUAACUUGAAAUAAGUUCCUAAAACAUAUUAAAAUAUAAUCACAUCUGAUUUAUUUUCAAUAUUACAUUGAUUCUUUAACAUUUAGAAUGAGAUUCUGCUCACUUGUUGCAUUAUCAGCUGGAGGCUGCGAAUGUUGUACAUAAAACUGAAUGCGUUUUUAUCACUGUUGUACAUAAUGAAACAAUUAUUUUUCUAAGAUUCUGACACUUGAACACUUGUGAGAGGAAAAAAGUCAUUUAAUAGAAAAGGGAAAAAAUGGCUCUGCGUUGUUUGAAAAAGUGGAAUAAAAACAAUGCUUGUCUUCAGUUUUAAAAUGGGCUAAAAAUGAUAAUUUAUUCCACAAAAUAAAAUCUCGGACCACCUUAAGGACCUCAGGUGAGCAUACUAGAGCGAGUGAAAUUGUAUUAUUGCUACUUGAAUACUGAGAUCUGCCAAGUGCCUGCUUGGCAUUCAGAUAAAGAUUAGAUGACCUGUUUAAUAUUAAAUACCCAUGUUUGUUUUUUUAUUAUCUUACAGUGCACGGUGUUAAAACAGGGAUGUUUUGCCUCAGUGUGCUGGUUUGUAAAGUGAUGUUACACAUCUCACCUUUUUGUAGAGAAAAAUAAAAUUUCUUUCAAACCUAAAA